UACUACGGUGACGAGUGCCAAUUGGAGAGAGAGUGUUACAAUGUGACUUGUGCUUCAUUCGCGUCAUGUGGUAGAGUGGACGAACACUAUGCUUGUAUGUGUGACGGUGUUUCAGGUAAAAGGUGUGAAGAAGGCUUCGAUCCCUGUGCAGAACAUGUCUGUUUGCAUGGGGGAACGUGCGUGCCCAUUGGCGAACACAUGAAUUUCGCGAAAUGUGUGAAUUGCAGUGGGAGAAGAGGUGGACUUCACUGUGAGGAAGAGUUGAAUGCUUGCGAAUAUGAAGAAUCUCAACUGGGACAUCCGCCUUGUACGAAUGGGGGCCACUGUGUUGUCAGCCCAUUUAACGAGACACAAUUUACUUGCCUAUGCGCUCCCGGUUGGCGUGGUGCGCAUUGUGAGAUACCCUUCAAUGGCACGCGAAGAGGGGAUGCUUGUGAUUUGGAAACAUUCAGACUUGGUCAUUCACCCUGUGCAAAUGGUGGUCACUGUGUUGCCGACACUUCCAAUGAAACAACAUUUUCCUGCCUCUGUGCUCAGGGUUGGCAAGGCCCCACAUGUGAGGUUUCCUCUUUCAAGGUUUCAGCCGUAGUGGUGGUUCUCUCAGUGCUCCUUCUGUUUCUGACGAUCGGUUGCAUUAUGGGGGUUGUUUGCUACCUUCGAAUUUUCACCGUACCUAAAAUGAGGUAUGACCUUGAAUUGCCAAUAUUCGAAACACAGCCGACAUAUUCACUUAUCCUUGUUUUUGCCUACAUGCGUUUGCAUGCUCGUUCAGACAGGUUGUCAAGAAGCAAAAUGAAGUGGAACUGGUGA